AUGAACCUCGACCAAGACGCGGAGCGGAUGAUCAGCGGCCUUCCUCAGAACGAGAUUUUUGCAGACAAAGACGUUCCCCGUGGCUUCCAGAACGGCCUGCUUUACAUUAAGGAGCUGGAACGCUUCCGAUCCCUCGCCUGCUCCAAUGCCCUCUACCGCUCUCUGCCACACGUUCUAUACGUUACGAAGACCUGGACGUACUCGCUUCCCGAUAUAUCUCACCGGGAUUCAUCCCAGCAGUAUCGUCCGCCACUCUUUUCGCGUGACGAGCUAUCCGUUGCCAGCCCUCAAGAUACAACAAUCACCCUCGAACACGUGAUACGGGCGAAGCGCAAUACGCUCUCUCAGGUUUACAAGGGAUCGCUGCGCGUCGGUGCCGGGACGUCCCGAGAGGUUUGCAUCAAGAUAUAUCAGCAAAGCCUAUGUUCGCUACCGGACAUUGAUUGUUUCGACGAGGACGAGGAUUACAAUCCUGAAUUGCGCACUGCUCGUCAUAACGCGGGUGUAGAGGCCUGGGCGUACUGUAAACUUGCUUCCCUCCAAGGCUCUUUUAUCCCUUGUUCACUUGGCUUUUACGAAGCACGCCUCCCAAACGGAGAAACCUCUGUUGUUCACGUACUCGAAUACCUUGACGGAGUUCCGCUGUCGUCCAUCAAACGACGCGAUGAUCUGGAACAACGCAUGGGUUGUCGCGUGAUCGACAUGGUAGAGAAACUCCUGGAUAAAAUUGUACUCAUGCACGAACUGGGCGUUACGCACCAGGAUUUAUACCUGCGCAACAUCAUGCUACUGAAACAGUCUAGAAAUCGCGAUCCUUUGUCCUCUCUUGCUAUCGUCGAUUUCAAUAAAGCAGAGCCCCCUCAUGGAACCUUCGACAACGAACAAGCCGACUCACAUCGGUGA